AUUAAAAUGAAUGCAAGGGGGUCCAAAGCGAGGGUACUUUUGAGAACUGGGAACUGGGAACUGGGAAGAGCAAAGAGGUAAUCAAACAUUCUAUUCCUGUUCUGGAUAAACGCUGAUUGUCGACGGUGGCCGGAUAAGAAUUCAGAACAUAGUCCUCCCCAUCUUACUCUACCCCGGGGCCGGCAGCGCAGCCGCAACACGCAAGUGCCACAGUCAACUAUUUUCUCAACGAAGAAGAGGGGGAAAUCCUACCGGCUGCCAUGGCGGAGGAAGAGAAAGGAUCUGUUCUCCAAUUCGUUCCGUUCCUUAGCGCUGUCGAUGAGGGCUUUUGGCAUCGACUCUCGUCCUUGAAGCUCAAUAAGCUCGGGAUUGACGACUCUCCCAUCUCCAUCACCGGUUUUUAUGCGCCUUGUUCACAUUCUCAAGUAUCAAAUCACUUAACUAUCACCGCUGAAUCUUUCCCUCCUGAACGAAGCGAUGAAUCAUCAGAACCAUCUGUAACUCACAGCAACAGGAACAGAUGCCAAGUCCCUGGCAUCCUUUAUAACACAAAUACGUUGGAGAGCUUCCAUGCUCUUGAUAAAAAGAACUUGCUAAUGGCUGAAGCAAAGAAGAUUUGGGAAGAUAUUCAUACUGGAAAAGCUGUGGAGGACUGUGCAACACUUUCAAGGUUUCUUCUCAUUUCAUUUGCAGACCUCAAAAAAUGGAGUUUUCACUAUUGGUGUGCUUUCCCUGCUCUUGUGCUUGAUCCUCCAGCAACCUUAAUUGAUUUGAAGCCAGCUUCAAAAUGGUUCAGCCUAGAAGAGGCUGAAUCCGUCACAGCAGCUUGUAAUGAGUGGCGUAACUCAAGCUCAACGACAGAUGUGCCAUUCUUCCUGAUUUGUAUUGAUUCAAAUAUGCAUGCUACAAUAAGACACCUGAAGGACUGGGAAGCUUGCCAAGCUGAUGGCCAGAAGUUUCUAUUUGGUUUUUAUGACCCAUGUCAUCUUCCAAACAAUCCUGGUUGGCCUCUUCGUAACUUCCUCGCGCUUAUUUGUUCAAGAUGGUCUGUCAGGAAGGUUUGCUUUUUAUGCUAUAGGGAGAAUCGUGGUUUUGCAGAUCUGGGGUUGUCUCUUGUUGGGGAAGCCUUGAUUUCAGUUCCACAAGGAUGGGGAGAUAUUCAAUAUGAACCAAAUGCUGUUGGGUGGGAACUAAACAGAGGGAAGAAGGUACCCAGGUGUAUUAGCCUUGCUAGUUCUAUGGAUCCAACUAGGUUGGCAGUAUCAGCUGCAGAUUUGAACUUGAAGCUAAUGAGAUGGCGUGCUUUGCCAUCUCUGAACCUAGACAUCUUAUCGACUGUUAAGUGUCUUCUUUUGGGAGCAGGUACACUUGGAUGCCAAGUUGCUCGCAUGCUUAUGGCUUGGGGUGUCCGGAAAAUUACACUUCUUGACAGCGGGAAGGUUGCCAUGUCCAAUCCAUUAAGGCAAUCACUUUACACGUUGGAUGACUGUCUUAAUGGUGGUGAUUUUAAAGCCACAGCAGCAGUUAAAAGUCUUAAAAGAAUAUUUCCAGCCGUGGAAGCAGAAGGUGUUGUCAUGGCAAUACCAAUGCCUGGGCAUCCUGUGCCUAGCCAUUUAGAGAAGAGUGUUCUUGACGAUUGCAGACGCCUAUGUGAUUUGAUCGACUCUCAUGAUGCAAUUUUCCUGCUGACUGAUACAAGAGAAAGUCGAUGGCUCCCAACGCUUCUCUGUGCCAGUUCUAGCAAGAUCACUAUCACUGCAGCUUUGGGGUUUGACAGCUUCUUAGUUAUGCGUCAUGGAGCCGGUCCUCUCCACUUUACUCAGGACCUUAAAACUGAAGCUGCAAAUAUUUUAUCUGUUGAUAUGAACAACUUUUCCAUAGCUGACAGGGAUGAGAGUAGGAGAUUGGGCUGUUACUUCUGCAACGAUGUGGUCGCUCCAGUAGAUUCUACUGCCAACAGAACAUUGGACCAGCAAUGUACCGUUACACGUCCAGGCCUUGCACCUAUUGCGUCUGCCCUUGCAGUUGAACUUCUAGUUGGAAUUCUGCACCAUCCUAAUGGGAUAUUUGCAGAAGGUGAUAUUGCAAACUCCAAUGAUGCUGGAAGCUCUGAGAAUCCUCUUGGUAUUUUGCCUCAUCAGAUUCGGGGUUCCCUCUCUCAAUUUGCUCAGAUGAUACUCGUGGGUCAUGCCUCAAACACUUGCACAGCUUGUUGUAAUGCUGUGGUGUCGGAAUAUCGCGAAAGAGGUUUGGAUUUCAUCCUUCAAGCGAUCAACCAUCCUACCUAUUUGGAGGAUCUCACUGGGCUGACAGAGUUGAUGAAAUCAGCUAGCUCUUUUCAACUGGAUUGGGAUUUGCAGUUGGGGGAUGACGACGAUGACGACGACAUUGUGGAAAUUUAACAUAUAUCUUUUAAAUUUGAUUUCCAUAUGGUAAAAUACCUUGUCAACUGUACAAAAGCUACCUUAGAAAGACAAUUCUUAAUUUAUAUUCUUUUAUAUUUUCAUAGAGUUUCAUUUAGAUGUCAAAACAGCUUGCUAAGACAUAUUUGCUAAUUUUGAACCUCUGGAGAUCAAAUUUUUUU